AUGAAGCCGUCGACAGGGGCAUAUGGUGGCAAGCCGAUCAGAAUGGGAAGUGCAACUAGAAGAGUGUACAAGCCGGGAUCUUAUGACGGUGACCAUAUGAAACGCUCUCCGAGCGGAGGGCGAACAUACGGGGACAGGGCAACAUGUGUUUUCGAGGUAGUGCCUGUCAUAGUUAGUCUUAUCAUUACAAUCUACUUCAAUUUCUUCUUGGGUCGGAGCUGA